AUGAGUUCCAACAAACCAGGCACGCCAGUGUCACUGCCCAAAAUUGCCAAAUCUGUCAAGUUGGACGUUCCCUCUACGCCGCCGGCGGCGAAGGGCAAAAAGCGGUUGCUGGCGUUUUUGGCCACUCCAGAACAGCCUGGCGACCAGCUACCUUUCAGUCCAGGGCUCAAGCGGACGAGUUCUGGGUUGCUCAAGUCCCCAGACUAUAAGCUCAACUCCAGCACUUCUGACCCGAGCGUGCUCAAGACGCCGAAAAAUGGCGGCUACGACUCAGAUGAUAAGGAUACGCCCAGACGACUGAAGUUGCUUCGGACGCCGCAGUUCUUUAGUCCAGGGAAACGUCUUUUCACGGAUGAACUGAGCCCCAACAAGGAAGAGCUUGCAGAAAUCUCGUCGCAGUUGAAAUCUCGCUUGAGCUCGGCUCUUGGUAAGGUUAAGGGCCAGGAUAGAGAACGGGACAAGUCCCAGAUUGCCCCUGUGAAGCUAGAUUUCUCAGAUCAGUCAUUUACGUCGACCAAAGAGUCGCCAACGAAGAUGCUCAAAUCAUCAAGCCCUAGAUUUUCCAGUACACCUCGUGGCAACACGCUUCUGACUCCACUGAGAGCUAAUCUAAAUCUACAGACACUUCAGGCACUGCCAGUGCCUCCAUCUCAGGGACACAACGAGAAACUCGGCCAACUGCCUGAAUUCAAGCGGGACCGUAUAAGAAUGGCCUCGCCAGAAGCCGAUUCCAACGCUCAGAAUGCUUUGCUUGCAGCGUUUUCCAGGCAAAAGGAGAAACGGCGCAGCUUCUCCAAUAUCAGUGAACGCAGGCGUUCGUCAAUUGCGCUGACUUUAAAUGGCCAGGGCCUCGAAGGCAGCCCGCUCAAAGACAAGGAUGGGCCUCCGAAACUCCCGCCAAUUAACAUGGCCUUCAACAACAAGCACAGUCCACCGCAGGAUUCGGAACAGGACGCCGUGUUCUCCCUCAUGCUGCUCUCGUCGCCACAGAAACUCGUCGACAGCAGGGGCCACAGCCGGCAGCAGAGCCAGAACACCAAUUCUACGCAUUCUCUGCGGUCGUCACUGGUGGUAAACACAGUGCUUCCCCCGAUAUCGGGAAUCAUAAAGAACGUUGACAACGAUGAAACAGACAUUGAAGAGACAACCAUGUCGGAAGGCGACGACACGUCGUCCUAG